AUGACGCAAUCCAGAAAGCAUCACACCUUUAGUGCUCAACAAAAGAAGCAACAACUUCAAGAUAAACGGAAAAAGAAAAAGGAGAAGGAAGAACGGAAGGAUGAUCUGUAUGAUUGGUCUAAAUGGAAGGAAGUCAAUUAUGAUAAUGUCGAGGACCAAAAUGAAGAACAUGCCGAUGAUCAAAAAACCAUGGUGAACGUUCCGAAGGCUAACCCUUUAGAAAGAAUGGGUGAAUCGUUUGAAGAAGAGCCUGAAAUAAAUGAUGGAGAUGAUGCUGGAAGUGUUGAUUCAUCCUCAGAAGACGAAGGGUCAACAUCAUCGGGUGAUGAAUCAAAUAACAAACUAGAUCGAGAAUAUACAUCCAUGGUCACAUCUGAAUUUAAACUGAAAACUAAAUUUGCAAAAGAAAGUGAAGAUAUUGUUCAGAAGAGAAAGAUGGAAAGCUUACGACCAUUAGAGCCUUACUUGAAGCGUCCACCAAAAUUCAAGUCACUUCAAGCCGAGAUAAAUGAAGGAUUUUCAAUGAUACCGAUGCCAAUUCAGCCUCCAAUUGCUCCUGGAAUGACAAAAGAACAGGUAGAAAGAAUGGAAGAAAAUUACUUUAAGAAGUAUCUUAGUGAACAAAUUUAUGGAAAGCACAAGCAAGAAGAUUUGAAUUACUUUGAAGAGAACGUACAUGUUUGGAAGCAAUUGUGGAAAACCAUCGAGCUGUCUGAUAUUCUGUUUGUAGUGGCAGAUAUUAGACAUCCACUUUUGCAUUUUCCUCCUUCUCUUUACGAGUACAUCACAAACGUUUUGAAGAAACCUUUCAUACUAGUUCUAAAUAAGUGUGACUUGAUUUCACAGGAGAAACAGCAACGGUGGAUCAAGUGGUUCAAAGACAACUAUCCAAAUGUUCAAGUGUGCUUGUUUACAAGAGGUACAGGCUCAGGUAAAAAAACAAAAAGCAAAGAGGUGAAAUUGGAGGAGCUUAAAAUCGAAAAAGGCUACGCCAAGAAUAUUUGGCGAGUUACCAAGUCUUUAUACGAGACCUUCCAUAUCGAAAAGAACAAAAAGUCAAAGGAAGAUGAGCAGCUAGUCGUUUCUCAGCUCGUAAAGGAAGAUUUUGAAAAUUUAAUGGCUGAUUGUGACAAAGUUGAGCUACCCACUCCAAAGCCAAAGCUGAAAAUGAAGAAAAAGUUAAGAAAAGAAAGAGAGGCCAGAAAAAUGGAAAAUAAUCCUGCUGAGGUAGAAGAAGAAGUAUCGAGCGAGGAAGAAGACGAAAGUGACAAGAGCGAACAACAAAUAGAUUUAGAUAAGAGAUAUGACGGCUGUGUGAUUGGCUUUGUUGGUCAUCCAAACGUAGGAAAAUCAAGUAUCAUCAAUGCCCUUACAGGUAAAAAGGUUGUAUCAACAUCAUAUACUCCUGGACACACCAAACACAUCCAGACGCUCUAUUUGGAAACCAAGAAUAAGAUGAUUCAAUUCUGCGAUUGCCCAGGAUUAGUAUUUCCUGCUGUUGGUGUCUCCAAAGCUCUUCAGAUUUUAUGUGGAAUUUAUCCAAUCAGUCAAGUACGAGAUCCAUAUAGUGUCGUUCGAUAUUUAGCAGAGAGAAUUGACCUUGUGAGGCUUCUCAAACUUCAACAAGACGAAUAUGAUGCUGAAAAUAAUAUUCCGUGGUCUGCCUGGACGUUAUCAGAGGCCUAUGCUCGAAAGAGAGGAUACAUGACAAAGAAGAAUGCACGACCUGAUGUAUAUAGAGCUGCCAAUGAACUCUUACGUCGUGUCUUGAAAGGCGAUGACCCAGCCUUAAUAUUAGCAUUUGAUCCUCCCGGCACAGCAGCUGUUUCGAAUCAACAAGAUCACAGCUCCUCACCAAGCUCAUCUUCUGAUGGUCAACAAAUCAAAAGAAGAAACAAAAGAAGAAGAAAAAUGAUAUGGAUUAUAUCAAGGAGUUAG